CUUUAAUUCUGAGAGGACGGGAAAGUCAGAACUCACUCUUGCUCUUCUCUCUCUCUCUCUCUCACCCAAACACACACACACUCUUGCCCGUUCCCUGAGCUCUGCUCACUGCAGUAACAAGACGGUUCCAGCCACAGGUGAAGACACCAGAAACAGAGAUGCUUCACAAAAACGGGGGAAGGCUAUGGACGGACAACUAGCAGAGAGAGACACACAGAAAGGGAUGUGAGGAACUUCCUUCUUACUGUGUGCCAACGCCAACAACUCUCCAUCUCAACACCAAGCCAUGGGAAAGGACUGCAUGGGUAAGACUCACAGGGCAGAAUUAGCACAUCAUAUUGAGGACAGCAUCAGCCUGAUGUGAAGCUUUGUGGUGCAGCCAGCACAAUCUAAAGAAGGUCAAAACUGACUAAACCUAAAUGGUUAUUUUCUUUCUGAAGGACAAGAGAAUUCCUUUCAUCUGCUGCUUACUGCCUUGAGGUAUCCAGGGCUUGGUUACAGUGUCAGGAGAUAAUCAGUCAAACAAGGAGAGAUUUCUAGGACCUGUCAAAAUACAAAUACGAAAGCAAAAAGUGAAAAUUGUUUAAGUGGUCUUCCUUCUGAAAACAUUUGAACCAGAACCUGUCUUUCUCUUCACAAUAAAGUUAAUGUCGCACUCAAUUGAAAUUGUCCAACGAGGAAGCUGAUCAGAGGCACAAUCGUUUUAAUACUCUGCACAAGAGAGGAUUUUAGGUCGUCCUUUAAAAACUUCUUAAAGCCAAACAAAGUCUUUAAAGCGAAGGGGCUUCCCAUUGUUCUCUAUUCCCAGAUACUCCGAGUACCCUCACUGACGCAGAGAACCCAGCCACAUGGAGCUAGGGGCUGAUGUGCCUUCCUAUGGCUACUUCAGCAGGACCCCCACUGAGACAAAGGGUCCCAGCUCCCAGCCAUUCCUCAUGGAUCACCAGGAGAACCAUCUGAGGAACUUGGAAGAUGGAGAGGAUUGCCAGGCCAGAGUCAUGGGCACGGAGAAAGAAAAUGGCAUUGCUGAGAGCUUGGAGCCAAGUCCCACGAUCAGCGAGGGGUCCAUCAGGGAGCCAGCCUCCACCCUGAGGGAAGACGCCUGCCCCUUGACCAUUUCAUCUGGACGGGUCACACCAAGCAAGACUGGGACAAGGGGCAGAGGGAAGUGCAGACCUCCCAAGAUAGCGCCACCUGUGGCACCAGGUUUGACUCAGCAGCAGAGACCAGCAAGUCUCUGCCGCAGCCUCAGUGCGAGUGAGCAGGGGGCAAAAGACGCCAGGAUCCAAAGCCAGAAAAUUGCAGCCCAGCUGACUACUCCACCAAGUACCAACUCGAAAGGCGUCUUGCUCUUCAACAGGCGCAGGAAGAGAGUGAAUGCAUUCACCUUAACGAGUUACGGCCAGCGACAGCACUGCUGUGACCUGGAACCAGGCAGCCCUGCUGAUGGAGAGGGCCGAGACCCUGGAGACAGUCUAGCCGGGGAGCCAGGCAGAGAACUGCCCACAACGUCCGACUCCUCGGAGGACACCAGCCUCCAGCGCUGUCGGGGGAAAGCUGAGGGCCACACCAUGGAGCCCACGCUGACAGUCGGAAACCACGAGGAGGCAGUGGACCAGAGAGGUCAGGCGGGAGCAGCGGAAGACGACGGGUCUGAGGACGAGGGGCACCGGGAUGAAGAGGCAGCAGAGGAGGAUGGAGGCGAGGGGGAGCCUGGGCAGGGGCUGGGACUCCAGAGCCCCACGCGGACACAUCCAGUGGAAAUCAACCAUUCGGUGAAACCGGCCAGGACGACAGUGGAGGUCCAUUUGCAGACUUCGUGCCCGCCACACGACCCAGACGGUGAGCAUCCACAGAGAGAGGUCAAUGGUCAAACCGGCGGAGGUCAACAUGGGGAGGGCCACAUGGCCCACAGGCCCGAAGAGAAGCGGGCACCCUUGGCCAACAGGACACCCAAGCCCUUCUCGGUGGAGGGGGGCUCCCCGAAGCCCUACAAGCCGCCGGCCGGUGUUCCUGUGAUCGCUCCGUACGGCCCGGUUUACUCCCAGGCGCCGGCGGCCUCCACCAGGACAUCUUCGGCACCGCCUCCAGGGUCCAGCGCGCCAGGCCUGGAGCGGCCGCCCGCGCGGGGGGCCCCCAAGACCGGCAUCCUGGAGGAGUCGAGGGCGCGGAGGGCGGCCAGGAAGCCCAUGUUCACCUUCCACGAGAAGCCCAAAGUGGCGCCGAACCCCGAGCUCCUCUCGCUGGUGCAGGGCAUCGACGUCCAGAAGCGGAGAGGCGGCCAGGCCGAGGCCGGGGCCGGGGCGGAGGAGGACGACAGCCUGGGCCUCGGCGCGGAGGCCGCCAACUUCAACCAGAAGAAGCCGUCGCCCCCCGUGGCCCCCAAGCCGCCCGGCGGGAGGGGGAGGGGGAGCGGGAGCGGUCACGACCGCGACGAGCCGCCGGUGCCCGAGUGGGCGUCGUGCCUCAAGCCGCCCGAGCUCCGCGCCCCACGCGCCAGCCAGGCCCUGGCCGAGGUCAAAGGUAAAGGGGCGGAGCUGUUCGCGCGGCGGCAGACCCGGAUGGAGAGGUACACCAUCGAGGCGCCGGUUGCCAUGGAGACCAGGCCCAGGCCGCCUUCCCCCACCAUGUCCCUGCCGCCAUCUUGGAAAUGCGGCGACGACCGCCCGGGCCCAGGCCCAGGCCCAGGCCCAGGCCCGAGCCCGAGCCUCGGCCGCCGCUCUCCGGUAUCCGCCUUCGCUCAGGUGGGCAAGGCGAACGGGAACCCCGGCCCCGCCCGCCGCCAGCAGCUGAGCUCCUCGCUGUUCAUCAUCACUCCGGAGAAGAGCCCCCUCAGCUCGCUGCCCAGAGGGGCCCCCUCUCCGCCCCGCCUCGUCAGGCCUAACCCCGGCCAGGCCUCCUACCUCAGGCAGAGCUCGGUGCCGCUCUCCUCGUGCCCCCCGACGGCCGCCAAGCCUCCUCCUGCCUCCGCCUCCUCCCGGCUCAACGGAUUCGCCGAGCAGAGCCCCGCAGCGGCCGAGCCCCCUCUUCCUCUCCCCGGCCCCAGCAGCAGCAGCAGCAGCUCCCCGUCCCCCCGAGCCGCCAGGGAGGUGCCGCAAGCCCCGAGACCCUCCUUCUCCGCCCGGAAAGCUGGACUGGAACCCCAGGGACCAGUCUCUCCAGGAAGCUCGCUUUGGAAGGCCAGCUUCGAGCGGAGAUUGAGCAGCCCCCGGCUAUACACAGACACGUUUCGGACUCCUCCAGAGAGCCCGAGAUUGCCCUUUUCCCCAGGCAGCAGCAGCAUUAGCCCAGGAGCGGGCGGCACAGCUUACAAUAACUGGAGUCCGCUCGGUGAGUCCAAAGCCAGCCCAGGCUCCAACCCAGAGAGCCGCCGCCUCAAGGAGCUGCUGGCCAAGAACGUGCUCAGUGCCGCCCGUCGUAAGAAGCUGUCAAGCCCACCCGCUUCUCCCGGGGAGCUGCCCCCCAGCCCCAGGAGCCCCCACAGCCCUUGCCCCUCUCCACAGGUGCCCCUCUCACCCAGCGUGGUCUCUCCAGACACUCCAGUUGUCCGCUCGCCACUCCGCCUCUAUCGCAGGUCACUCACUGAUUCGGAGUUCUCACUGGCCUCGGAUGAUUCCGGGCCCAGGUCCCCCAGUUACUACAACUUCUGUCCGCGGGGAUGGACUGGGAGCAAACUCCGACAGAGUGAACAGUUGUAAAGUCAGACAGUGGGAGCAGGGCCAAGAUGUGUAUGUGUGAGCAUAGGUAUGUAGUUAUGUGUAUGUAGGUGUGAGUAUGUGCCUGUUUGUGUGUGUGUGUGUGUGUGUGCAUGCACGUGUGGUUGAGAGUGAGCGCACAUUUGGUUGUGAGUGUGAGUGAGCGUGUGUGUAUAUGGUUGUGAGCGUGUGUGUGUGGUUGUGAGCGUGUGUGUGUGGUUGUGAGUGUGAGCGUGUGGUUGUGAGUGUGAGCGUGUGUGGUUCUGAGAGUGUAAGCAUGCAUGUGUGUGGUUGUGUAUGAGAAUGUGAGCAUGCGUAUGUGUGGUUGUGUAUGAGUGUGAGCGGCGUGUGUGUGGUUAUGUGAGUGAGCAUGAGUGUGUGUGGUUGUAUAUAUGAGUGUGGGUGUGUGUAUAUGUCAGUGUGAGUGGCGUGUGUGGGUGCGCGUGUGUGUGGUUCUCAGUGUGAGCACGCGUAUGUGUGGUUGUUCAUGUGAGUGAACGUGAGUGUGUGGUUGUGGAAAUGAGUGUAAGCGCAAGUGUGUGGUUGUGAGUGAGUGUGGUUGUGUAUAUGAAUGUGGGCACGUGUGUGUGGUUGUGUAUGUCAAGUGUGUGUGGUUGUGAGAGUGAGCGGCAUGUGUGUGUUUGUGAAUGUGAGCACGUGUGUGGUUGUGUAUGAGUGUGAGCUUGUGCAUGUGUCAUAUAUGAGAGUGAGCACAAUCAUGUGUGAUUGUGUCUGUGUGAGAGUGCAUGUGUGUGUAUGGUUGUGUAUAUGAGUUUGAGCACGUGUGUGCAUAUAACAGAAUGUGUGCGGGAGCACGUGUGUGUGUGCAUGUCGCAGUAUGUGUGUGGAAGUGUGUGUGGCAAUGUGUGUGCGCAGGAUUGUGAGUGCACGUGUGUAUAUAGUAAUAUGUGUACAGGAUUAUGAGUGUAUGUGUAUAUAUGGCAGUGUGUAUAUGUGGCAAUAUGUGUGUGUUUUAUAUGGCAGUGUGUGUGCAGGAGUGUGUGUUUAUGUGGCAGUGUAUAUGCAAUGGUGUGAAUGCAGGAAUGUGUGGCAGUAUGUAUGCAGGAGUGAGAGUGCAUGUGGCUGUAUGUGUUUGUGUGCACAUGUGGCAGUGCAUGGGUAGAAGUUUGGGUGUGUCCAGGGAUGUGAGUGCCUGUGUACAGGAGUGUGUGUGCAAGAGGCAGAAUGUGCGCAGGAGUGAGAGUGCAUGUGUGAGAGUGAAAGCAUGUGUACAGGAAUGCGGAUGUAUAUGGCAGCAUGUGUGCGGAAGUGAGAGUUCCUGUGUAUGCAUGUCUGGGAAUACAUGUGUAGAGGGGAGAAUGGAAUCCUGCUUCUGCAAGACAUGCUCUUAAGUUUACUUUUUGCACAUUGCACGCUUUCCAAACUGUGACCAGUAAUUCUGGGAAGACGGAAAGUUCCGGCCCGGAGUGAUGGGCAGACCACUGCUCAAUUCAACUAAAGUUCAGCAGGACAGAGUUCCAGAGAGGGAGGAUUCCAGCAGGGAACACACCUCUCCUGGUGUAAUUCAGGAAAGAGAGAUCUUUCCACUCAAACUUGUCUGUUGUCUCCUUGGGUUGUCAACUCUAGAUGGACAUAUUCCUGGUGGGUUUGUCACACAACCAACAAACCCAGCCCCUCUGUUGGCUCCCACACAAACAUUCCCCACCAUCAGUCCAGUCUCCUGCUUUCCCAUGAUGUGAGAAUUACCUGCCAGGCCCCAGGAGUGAUAGGUUUUCGAUGAUAUCUGGAGGAAUAAAGAGCUCAGCCAGUCAGAAGAGAGCCUCUCACAUCAGUCAGUCAAGCUGCGGGACACUGUGGCAGAAGAAUGAUAACGCUCCAUUACACCACCUGCCCUUGUUGUCCUCCCUCUGCAUUCAGAAAUGUAUUCCCCUUUGCUUCUCCAGUUGGAUACAGGUAACUCAAGGUGGGGUAUUCUUAAAGCCAUUAUUGUUUUUUUUGAAGAAGCUAAUUCAAAGCGAAUAUAUUUGAACUUUGUCCAGUUCAAUUCUUUGUUGGCCGUUCUUAUGGUGCAUGAGCCAUUCAAGGUAUAAAUGUGUGUGACAGCAACUGUCUGGUCAUGGGAUCUGGGACCACCUCGCCAUUUGUAGCUCCUACAUCAAUGGGCGUCAGGUCAUUCAGAUUCAUUGGCCUUGGUGUACUUCUGCCCACCUUGCCCUGGCUGGGGUGAGUUAAGGGGAAUCAAACCGGUUUGGGGAGGUUCCUGCCAGGGAGUGAAUGUUGAAGGUGGUGGAUCAAGUGUAUUUUUAGUGGGUGUGGAUGGGCUGCUUUAUCCUGGUGGAUGUCGAAUUUCUGGAGUCUGUUGGAGCUGCACCCACCCCAGGUGAGUAGAAAGAGUACCUUUGUACACUCGCCUUGCUGAAGCCUUCUAUAAAAGUGUGGCCAGUUUAUUCUGAGGGGAAAGAAUUUUCAUGGCACAGAGAGUGGUUUCAUUGUGAACAUGAGCAACUUGAAGAUUUUUGGCUUCCGGAAACAAGCUUUCACUUGGUGGUUGUGUUGCACAGCCACAGGUUCACCUGUACUCAACAGGAUAGUGCACACAUACAGAUGAAUGAUCGGCUGGGAGCAAGGACCAGUCUGAAUUGUGAUGCCUCUGCAGUCAAAUAGUCUGACAGCAUCCACUGUCCAGAUUUCAGGCGCAAAGACUUGCUUGAGGAUAAUUGCUAGUUGGUGACUGGCCCAGGGUCGAGGAGAGGGGGAGGAUGGAGAAUUAGCUAUCGAGAAAAGGAAGCAGAAAGAAUCCUCUCACCCAUUCCAGACCAAAGCUCAAACUCUUGAUCACAGUAACUCUGAAAUAGGGUGUUUUCAUUCACUGCAACAAAUCUUCAUAUCGCUUUCAUCAGUUAAUCAGCAAAAAAAAAACCAAAAGGGACCUGUAUGGGAAGACAUUCCUACCUUGCUCUCUAGCAGUUUUUCAAUUAUAAGAGAUUAUUGUCCUAUUUUAUAUAUAAUAAUGUAAAUGAAAUGCAGUUGAUAAUGGUAUAAAUAUAUAUAUAAAUUUCAUCCAGAUGUGAAAUGC